AUGGACUGCGGCAUCUUCACCUCCAAGACCGUGCUCCUCUUCCUCAGCUUGGUGUUUUGUUACUUUGUGGCGUACCCACACCAGUAUCGUUUCAUAGUGGACGAGCCACACAGAUGUCGACAGGAAACACCAUUCUUGGUUCUCAUGAUUCCAGUAGCCCCCCAUAACAGAGGGGCCCGUGACGUCAUCCGUAACACAUGGGGCAAAGAAACCACAGUGCAGGGCCACUUGGUCAGCUACUACUUCCUGCUGGGACUGUCCGGAGCGGGAGACGGGUCCGAGCUGUUACAGGAAAGCCGGCGACAUCAUGACCUACUCCAGAGUGACUUCAUGGACAGCUACAAUAACCUCACCAUUAAAACCAUGGUGAUGUUUGAAUGGCUCAACUCCCAUUGCCCCAACACCUCCUACGCCAUGAAGGUCGACACGGACAUGUUCCUAAAUGUUCAAAACCUUGUCUCCAUGCUUGUGACGGCCCCCCGACAUCUCUACAUGACUGGACUCGUGUCGAGGGGCGCUUAUGUUGUUCGAGACAAUAGCUCAAAAUGGUAUUUGCCUGUGUCUGCCUUCCCCGAAUCAACGUACCCACCGUUUGCCCAGGGACCGGGCUAUGUGUUCUCAAUGGAUUUACCCAUUAAGAUACUGGGAGCGUCGUUGCAGAUUAGAGCAGUCUACAUUGAAGAUGUGUACGUGGGACUGUGCAUGAGACAUCUGGGGCUCACACUAACAGAUCCUCCUCAUAUUGGCUUGUUCAGGAUAUCAAUGCCUUUUUUUCCCGGCACCUCUCCAGGAACGGUGAUAGGAAGUCGGAGGGCAUGGUCGGCUCCUCUGUCCCAGCAGAGCCCAGGAGCCAAAGGUCUGAUCCCACAGCUCAAGAGGUUUAAAAAAGUUUCUGAGUCCAACUGGAGGAAGAGGGAGAUGAGCCCAGGAGAGGAAGGGGUCGGGGGAAUGGUGAAGAAUGAAACAGCUCAGAGUUUGUCUCUCUGCAACUUGUUGGAGAUGAUCAGGCUGAGAGGAGCUGCAGGUUCUGGAGUCUAG